CCGCCUCGCUCUACGCCUCCCCUUUCCUCCGUCUCACUUCUGGUGGUCUCGCGUCGAAACAGUAAAAGAUGCCCAGGAAACCAAAGACCAUCCCGGGCCCGUCGCGGCUCUCUGGCAUCCUCGCGCGCCUGAACCAGGACCCGAAGCCGCACCUCCCGAACUUGAAGAGCCUGCGCCUCACGUACGCGUUCCGCAACGACCACUUCGGCGCACGACACUUCGUGAAGGAGGAGCUACCGCGGAUACGCUACGUGAACCCCGCCGUCGACAUCCAGAUCGAGAAGCGGCUCAAGACGAAGGAGGAGGUAUGGAAGCCGGAGAUGGUCAUCGAGCUCAAAAACGGCACGACGCACAAGUUGGACAUGGACGGAAAGUGGUCGUCGACGAUCUUCAACGAGCUGCUUGACCUCUCGGCCGGGCCAUGGUGGCAAAAGUACAAGAGGGAGCGCGCGGCGGCAGGCGAGUCCGCGACACCACCUCCCCCAGUGCAAAAGGCCAAGACCGGCGCCGCUGCUGUCCUUCCUUGACCCGCCCCUCCAUACACGGAUUCACAUGCGCGCACACACCUCCAUAUUGUAAUCUAAUCACUGCUAUUCACGCGUAGAGAUGCGUCCGGUCCUCAGAAAGUCAUGAGGUCAUCAUGG